CAAUCCACCCAAGCCUCUGCAACAGGUAAGACCCUUUGUGUAAAGCUUUAUUUCUCACGCUGCAGAUCUUAAUGAAAAUACCCUCAGUGACCAGCAAACUUUCAAGCAUCAUAAAAUGCAGCUUUUGUUUCAUAUUUUUAUUGAUUUAAAUUUGCAAACUUUUAAGAACAAAUCACAAUUGCAAAACAUAAACCAGACAGAAACUAAAAUAAACAAAGAACAUAGUUAUAGUCUGUAUGAAAUUCUUAAAUUAGGCACAUAAAUAUAUGAUAUGAUAUAUAAGAUAAAUAGAUAAAAGUAGAAGUGAGUAUAUAUGUAUUAAAAUUCAUCAAAACCCGAUCCUAGUCCACGCUCCCAAGUUUCAUUUCUGACUGAAUAGAAAUAUAAAUCUUUAAAAUUACAGACCUUUGUAAAGGAUUAAGUUGCAAAAGGUCGCCCCAUGGCUGCUCAGGUGGAAGGUGAGGGAAGUUAGAAAAUAAGGAUUUUGCACAGUUCCUCACCUGGAAAUAUUUGAAAAGAUGGGAGGGUGGAAUUCAGUAGCCAGUUCUGUGAGAAAGCAAAAUACCCCUUCCUUAUAGAAAUCCUUCAAACAUGUCAGCCCCUUAUCCUGCAAUAAGCAGAAGAAAAUUCAGCUUUUACAUAUUUAAUUCACCAAACUCGGGAGAAUUUAUAAACAGAAUUUGUUUUGCUCUCAAUGAGAAGUCAAAUAACUAUCAGCAUGUUAAAAAUAACUUCUACUUGUUUAUUAUUUGUUGUUUUUUACAUAUACACACUCUAAGUCUAAAUGUCUUCACAUCUGAAUAAAACUGGUUGUGAAAAAGUAUUUUUAAGUUUACACAAUCACAGAAGUUUCAUACAGUGAGACUGAGCAGACCAGCUUUUUAUGCUCAAUGUUUCAUUGUCUCCAUGACCCCCCAAAAAAGUUCUUAUCUCAGUGAUGUGUGCUCACACACUUUCACUUUCACUUAUUUAGACGUUUAGUUGUGCUGGUUUCAAAGUUCAUUUCUUUAACUCUGAAUGGGUGUUUCAAUCUCAACAGUCAGCUCACAAAGUUUGACAAAAUUCAACAGUUUGAACUAAGUGAAGAGCCCUGAUGCGCCCCCUACAGGCAGGAAGACGUGAAUGUCAUGAUUGAACAUGCAGAUGUUUUUUUCUUUUAAAGCUUUUUGAUGCAUUUGAUUCCUUUCCUUGUUUAGUUUCUGCAUUUCUGACUCUGUAUCAUCAAGUAUCCUAAAUUAAAAUGUUUGAUACAUAAAUGUAUUGAGUAUAUUUGAAGUAUAAAACCUAAAUCUGCAUACUGAGAUAGGUCAGCUAUGUAAAAUGACUGAAAGUGUGUUUCUUUUUCCAGACUCUCUUGCUGAAAGAUUAAAAGAACACAUACACUUCCAACAUGUCCACUGCAGACCAGCUAGUAAGGGAAAUAUAUAACUGGAUUGAGCAGUGGGAGCAAUGUGCAGAGAAGCUGAAGAAGCUGGCCCGGGAACUGGAGUCUCUCAGAGAGAAAUGUAACGCCAGUGAAUGUGUUAGCAGCUCCCUGACAGUGAUAGGAGCUGGAUGUGUGGUCGCAGCUGGGGUGACUGUGUUAACUGGUGGUGCUGGAGCUCCUUUCUUGUUUGGUUUAGGGGGAGUGUAUGGGGGUAUCAGUACUGGCAUAUCUGUGGUUACAAUGAUCACUGAGCAUCUCUUGUCCAGCGACACCAUGAAAGAAGCAGAGAAGAGAGUUGAAAAAUGCAAUAAAAUCAAGAUAAAAAUCCAGAAGCUGUUUGAUCAGUUAAGGAACGAGAGGCGGCGGGAAAGAUACUUUGCAGAUCCUGACGACCUGGAUCGAGACGUCCUGAAUGAAAUCCUAAGAGCCCUGGCCAGGCUGAGAGGACUGCAUUUUAGUAUCAAUCAGAGGUCCUCCCAAGAGCAGAUGGAUACACUUGGUGGCGUUUUAUCAUCUGUGGGCCUGAAGGCUGAUGGAAGACUUCUGGGACGUGUGCUGGCCACUGGAGCCGGACUACUGGUUAAAAAAGUCUUUAAAAGCGGAAUGAGAAGAGUUCUCAAAGGAGGCAUUAUGGUAAGAUUCUUACACAAAUAAUUGUUUUAAUUGUUGUAACUAGAGAAUUCCUGUGGGAAUUUUGAAAGGGCCACUGGGGCUAUUGCUGAGAUUCUUCAGAUUUCAAUUAAUGAACUCUAGUAGCAUGGUGCUAUUAUAUACAAAGAGCAAGAUCACAACAAAAACAUUCCUUUUAUUAAGUUUUUUUUUUUAAAAGGGCCUGAGCAGUAGACUUACGAAAAACUCUCACAAUUGCUCUUUUUUGGCUUGUCCCAGUGACUUCAAUGCAAAACUUUUCCGCAGGUUUUUGCAAUUUACGUUGUGAAAAAUUCAUAUACAGGGGCCUGUAUAUGGUCCUGCUGUAAAUUUUAUAGCAUCUCUAUGGCCAGCGCCUCAGUGCCUUUGCCCCUGCGGCCCUGAUAAGGAUGUUGAUUGAGAGUCAGUGUUUCAUUGUUAAUCAAAUUGCUCUAAAAGUGAAUCAGAGAUAUCAGAGCAGACCAUGAUUAGUGAAUUGGUCUCAGCUGUGGGCCUGGCCUGAGGCUCACAGGUUGCCACAGCAACUUUAGCUGGUUGCCCAUGACAAUAGACGCACUGCAAGCUAAGGCAGUCAAAACUAGAGAGCGGUAUUUUGACUCGGCGCUGGUCUCAUGUUUGGACUUAUUCUGACAAAACGGUAGUUCCUAUUAGGAAAGCAGACCCUUGUCACUGUAAAGACUCCUUAAAUGAUUUGAUAUGAUUUUAGUGUUUCUACAGUAUAGUGAAUAAAAAUUUUCUAGAAAAGGAAAAAAAAAACACAGUAGAGCAACAGUGUCUCAGUGCAUUUGCCCUGUGGCACUAACAAGGGCACUUGGGCACUUGGGCACUUGGGCACUAUUGUUAAACUGUGGAAUUUUUCUUAUUCCUCUUCCGGACAAAUUUCGAUUCACUACUAGUCUUACAGCUUGAAGAGUUGAACGACAAAUUAUAGAAAAAAAUGUAUAACAAAAAAUGUGUUUCUCACCAGGUUGUCGGAGGGGGCUUCGUAUUUGGAUUUGAACUUGCUGAGGCGACUGAUAAAUGGAAAGACAUGAUCCAGAAAAAUCAUGUGACACAGGCCAGCCAAUCACUGAAAGACACUGCCGAUGAGCUUCUGCAGAUCACAGAGGCACUGAAAGAGGACCUGGACAACAUCAAGUAAGAAGUUUUCUGAUAUAGCUCUCACCAAGUUAGUAGACCUACCAAAGGUGGGCAAAGGUGAGCUACAGUGUACCUGCUUGACAGUCAAGCCAGCCAUGCCUCUUAUUGGCCAUGAAGAAUUAGUGAAUUAAUAACACUUCAGAUUGAUGAAAGUCUUUAAAAAUAAAGACCGACUGCUGCAUCUCUACCUCACAGGCCACAUAGCAUUUAUUGUUGAGAACGCACGAAUAACAAAAGCAUCCUGGAGGAAACUGAACUCUUGACAGAUACCUUAGUCCAAAAUGGCUCUAGAAAAGAAGUUAAUUGUUUUGUUUUUUUCUGUUUGAUAUUUCAGUCGACUUUUCACAAGAAGAGCUAGAUAAGAAAAAGGAAAGGAAAGACUGGGAGGAAAUAUGCAUCGACUUCAUCAGACAUUAAUCAACUGAAGAGCCAAUGAUCUCAGCUGGCUGUUCCCUCAUCCACAACCAAAGAAAUGGACCUGUAGUCUCCAUGGAACUGUGCAAGUAGGGGUUUUCUGACCAGCGGUGAACACCAAUAAUACAGACAUGAAGGUUUCAGCUGUCAGCUUUUUAGAAGCUAGUACUAACAGCAGGAAGGCCUGACAAAGGGUGAGAGACUCUUUGUAGAAUCCCUACAACAACAGCACUAUAGUUAAUUUAUAAAACAUCCAUUUUAAGUAAUAAAGUUCUGCUUGUGUAGGUGUUUGCUGAAUAUAGCACCCAAUCGACACCAGUCUGUUAGAGAGCUACAUGAAGAUCGGCUUAACAGGUUAAAUAUUACAAUUCAUAUCAGACAGUCAUCAGCGAUAUGAAUGCAGAGAGAAAAAAAAGUCACCAUGAUGUUUAAGUUCUCAGGUAGUUCCCCUUUCAGACGCCUAUGCAGCUCAUGUUUCAGCUCCAGGAGACUACAGGAUCCUUAAAAGCAGGGCUCCUCGAUCGUGGCAGAAAUCAUAAUCAUGAAUAUUGUAACCGAUACUGAUAUUACUAUUAUUACAUUGAUUAUCUGUGAUUUGACUCUCGUGUCACACGCAUUCAAGCAACUUAAACCUCUUUAAAAAUGUUAAACUCUUGAUUCUUUAAAAAAAAAAUAAUCGUAGAAAAAAAAUGUUUAUCCUACUUUUUUUGUUUACUUAAUUGUGUCUGUCUGUCUCUAUAACUAGUUGAUAUAAAAGGCUAUAUGUAUUCCCACUGAAAGAGACCAUACAUUUAUUUUACUAUUCACUUUAAGAGCUUUUAUAGUUAAGUAUUUUUAAUCAAAACUGAAUGUGCAAAUUUUUCAAUUUUUUAAGCUAAAAUAAAAUGUUCUGUCUUACAAAAA